AUGAACACUGAAAACCAAGAACUGCAAAAAGAUAGAAUGGAGACAGAGAAACCACAAGAACAUCAGCAGAAGACGGCACAGAGUUCCGCCGAGCGUCGGAUUGGUAUGGAAUUUCCACCGGUGCUUGAUCGCGAAGAUAUUUUGCGUGAACAGCGGGCUGCAGUAACGCCUGAGGAGAUGCGGCGCAGUAUGCAGGAUGAUAUUCCGCCUGUUGUGCGCAGUGUACUUGAGCUUACACACUUAAUGAUGAGUGGACACAGUCAGCGACUGCGGGCGGCACCGGGAUAUCAAGGCGGUCUAUUCUACGGCGGCCGCCCAUUCUGUUUCGCCAGCGGCUACCGCGACGGCACACGUCCACGUGAGAUGGACGAUAAGGGAAACCACAUGAAACUGAAGGAUCCACUCACAUAUGGUGUGCUCUCACUACCCGUGACGGCGGGAUAUCUUUGCGAGCUGCAUGGUAAAGGUCUCUUCAAUCUCCAUACUCCACUAGUGCAGUACUUACCAGAGCUGCAGCAGAAACUGGAUGAGACCAUUACGGCGCGCAGUAUUUUAGCCUUUACAAGAGUUAUAGAUGAUCGUCAGGUGCUGAGGGAUGCAGGGGUGAAGUGGAUGCGGCCACAUUUUUCAUGGAAUAUUUGUGCUGCCACCCAAGAGUAUGUAUACGAACCACUUAACCGUUUCUUCGCCGCUGGUUCCUCCACACCUCUCACCGGUCAACAACAACGAGAGAACUUUAUACAGUACCUUCGUACUUCACCACAUGUAAAGGUGGUAUCACAGUUGCCACGGGGGAAGUUAGGGUGGCACUUCCGUAGCGUUUCCCAUUUCUCUGUUGCGUUGCUAAUAGCAGCUGUUGAGCGGCAGUUGAAGGAAGUUAGUUUUGAGGCAUCUAUACGUAAGACAGUGUUUGAACCAGCGCAGAGCCAUGGAGCGGGUUAUGGACCACCAAAGUUGUGGCGUGAUCCUAAUGAACUUUUUUAUCAGCCUAGUGGUCUUUCACUACAGCACCAGGGUUUCUUUCACCCACUAAAGGUGGGUUCUGUUGAAAAUUCUGCUCCUCCACUUCUUAACGCCUCAAUAAAUCUUCAUGCCCCCGUGGAAGACUAUGGUAAGUUACUCUUACUUUCUCUUGAUGCCAUACGGCAUGCACGAACAGCAUUGGGUGAUGCAGGUAUAGAAGCAAAUAAUCCACACUAUGAUUUUGGUGUAGAAUGGCUUAAUAAUGACCGUUGUUUGCAAUUGACGCAGCGUGUAUUGGGAAUUGACUAUUUACCCUCUGCGUCAUCUUUCCGCUACAGUUGCAAUCACGAUUUAGGAUGUUUCGGUGUAAGUAAUUGUGGUACACGAAACGCGCGAAUGUUGGCAAACACACUCUCUCGUAUGAUUCAGCACCUUUUUCUAAAGCAUGUCAUUGAAAAGGGUGUUGACGCCAUGCGAGGACCAGACUUGGACAAUCCUAACGAAGAAUCAAGUGCGACAGAGAGAAAAUUCCGUAAGGUGGUGAAACAGCAGGAAUAUACGAGUUAUUUUAAGAAACAUGAAGCGCACAAACGAUUUUGA